UUUUUUAAUUUGUUUAUUUGUUUUACGAAUGCAGCAGUUUCACAAUCAGGUUUUUCUUAUGUUUUUCUAAUUUAUUCCUUGUUUAUUUUAAAUGCUUGUUUUUAUUUGUUUUAUUGCUUGUUUUUACAUGUUUAUGUUUUUGUUGUAUUUCAAGUUUGUUUUUGUUUAUUCCAUUUAAUUUUAAUGUUGUUUACACAUGUUUAUUUAAAUCAUCCGAACAUAUUUAACAGGCCUUCUUGUUUAUUUGGGAUGGUUGUGCUCUAGUGUUAUUACCUUUACUCUGGCUUAUACUUUUAUGCUGUAAGUAUUUUUAAUCCGAAAAAAUUAUUUUUCAAAGUUUUUUCUUCUCUACUUGUCCAAAGCAUUUUCCUCCUCCAAUUCUUGCUAUCCUUAGCAGCCGGAUUUUCUUCUCUCCUUCUAUUCUCCUUAACUUUCCUGCUUGUUUGUUGGUUAGGAACGGCUCGCCGCAUGGCUGCUGGUCUAAAAUGGUUUCAAAUUUGUCGGACUGGGGACCAAUCAUUUAAUGAAAAACAAUUUUUUGAUUAUGAUGCUUAUACUUGUGCUCGUCUACACGAAAAAUUAGCAGACUUGAGGCCCUGUUUUGGGAGACGUUUUGGCCAUCUAGUAUGUGGACAGAAUUUUAGAAUGCUCUCCUUCGGCCUUUUCUGUAUUUUAUGUAUUGGAGCUAUUAUUGGAGGAAUAACAACAAAUAAAAAUAAUGCUUCAAUUGUUAAACUUGAAGCGACACACUUUUUAUUACCCAAAAGUCAAAGUCAAUUAUUUAUAGAAAAUUUCCAUUUCUCCUUUCCUAAAUAUGAGGAUUUUAUUGAAAUCAAUUUUGACGGCCCUCUAGACUAUGAAGAAAGAAAAGAACAAAUUUCUGGUCUCCUAAAUUGGCCAAUAGAAAUUGGGUUGGCAAAUAGAGCAGUUAGUUGGUUAAUUGAAUUUGAAAAGUUCAAGAAAACUGUAGCGUAUAGAAUCGAUGAGGUAAAUAAAUAUAAAUUAAUAUUUAAAUAUUAA